AGAUGUGUAGAUUAUGACUUCUAAAUAACUUCUGGUUUUGCAGCACAUGGCAGCAGUUCUUCUUGACAGUCUCUAGUUAGCGUUGUAAAGUAGCGUUAUCUGGCAGAAUAUUGGAGUACCAAGAUUGGUUCUCCUCGUUCUGCUGUUUAUCUAACCUCAGAAACUAGAUUGACGUGUGAACGAAACCACGUGUAGCUUAAAAACUUUAAAUUCAUUCAUCAAUUCCGAUGGAUAUAGUAUCGCAGGUGCUUGAAAAAGCCACUAAUCAAGACCGGCUGAAAAGUACAGAAGUUCAAAAACACCUGGACGUCGAAAUCGAUGAAGGAUCUCUCCUCGUCGUUGAUUACAAUUCAUUGGAUCAACAACAAGUCAAAAACAACCAUGAGGAUUACAUCCGUCAGUUGACAAGGGACAAUGUUCAGCUAUUAAUUAACAAGGUAUGGGUACUUCCAACAAAACGAAUCGAGGAAGCCAUCGUAGCUACACUUCCAACACCAAAAUUUGUACUACCAAGAGCUCAGAGGAUCCCUAAGCCAAAACCCCUAACAAAAUGGCAGCAGUUUGCAAAGGAGAAAGGAAUUAAGAGCAACAAAAACCGAAAGCCUAAGCUCAACUGGGAUGAACAACUGCAGAAAUGGAUUCCCAACUAUGGCUACAAACGGACUGAGGCUGAAAAGGAAAAGAAUUGGCUGGUGGAGGUGAGCGACCACGCAGAUCCGACAAUUGAUCACUUAGCAGCCAAGCGGUCUGAAAAAGUUGAGAAGCAGGGGAAAAACGAAUUGCAGAGAUUGCGUAAUUUAGCAAGAGCAAAGAAUAUCAAAGUUCCCAGAUGUGGAAUACCGAACUCAGAUUAUUAUUACGAUACACGUCAAAUAGCUACUGCAGUAACCGUUGCAAGAUCAUCAACUGCUUCUGUAGGAAAAUUUCAAAGCAGACUCCCAAAGGAAAAAGAUGCUCGAAAUGUCAAGGACAUGGUACCAGGAUCCAAGAAAAAUAAGCAACCGAGUUUCAAGCCUGGAGAAGAAACAAAAAGAAACCUUGCAUUUGUUGAAAAAAUUCUGUCGAAAAGACCAGCUAGCGUUUUGGCAUCGCCAAAUGUAACCACAGAAGUUCAGAGCCGAGAGAGUGAAGGUGAAUCAAGGCAAAGGAAAAAGACCAAACUAGGUAAAAAGGGAUUUAAAAAGCCGAAGAGCGGAAAAGGAAAAAGAGAUCCUCACACGAAGGUAGGUGGCAGAAAACGUCGUGGAAGAAACUAAAAUCUAUGAAUUCAUAACUUGUAACUUCGCAAUGAAUAACAUUUAUUAUCUGUCAAUGAA